UCGGCUCCGCUCGGCUCGGCUCGGCCCAGCCCAUCCCGCAGCUGCGGCGGCCCGGUGCCCGCGUUGGAGGCCCGCUCCUGCCGGCCGUGGUCCGCCGCCGCCUCCUCCGCCAUGGCCCUGGUGCGGGGCGCCGAGCCGGCGCCGGGGCCCUCCCGCUGGCUGCCCACGCACGUCCAGGUGACGGUGUUGCGGGCCCGCGGGCUGCGGGGCAAGAGCUCGGGAGCGGGCAGCACCAGCGACGCGUACACGGUGAUCCAGGUGGGCCGCGAGAAGUACAGCACGUCGGUGGUGGAGAAGACCCCGGGCUGCCCCGAGUGGCGCGAGGAGUGCUCUUUCGAGCUGCCGCCCGGGGCCCUGGACGGCCUGCUGCGGGCGCAGGAGGCCGAUGCGGGCUCGGCUCCCUGGGCCGCGGGCUCCGCCGCCGCCUGCGAGCUGGUGCUCACCACCAUGCACCGCUCGCUCAUCGGCGUCGACAAGUUCCUGGGCCAGGCCACGGUGGCGCUGGACGAGGUCUUCGGCGCAGGCCGCGCCCAGCAUACGCAGUGGUACAAGCUGCACUCCAAGGCAGGCAAGAAGGAGAAGGAACGUGGGGAGAUCCAAGUCACAAUCCAGUUCACUCGCAACAAUUUGAGCGCCAGCAUGUUUGACCUGUCCAUGAAGGACAAGCCACGGUCCCCUUUCAGCAAGAUCAAGGACAAGAUGAAGGGCAAGAAGAAGUUUGAUCUGGAAUCUGCCUCCGCCAUCCUCCCGAGCAGUGCCCUAGAGGAUCCCGAGCUAGGGAGCCUGGGCAAGAUGGGCAAAGCCAAAGGCUUCUUCCUCCGCAACAAGCUGCGAAAGUCCUCCCUUACGCAGUCUAACACCUCGCUGGGCUCAGACAGCACCCUGUCCUCCGCCAGUGGGAGCCUGGCCUACCAGGGCCCGGGCACCGAGCUCCUCACCCACUCGCCCAGCCGCAGCAGCUGGCUGUCCACUGAAGGGGGCAGGGACUCCACCCAGUCCCCUAAGCUGCUCACCCACAAAAGGACCUACAGUGAUGAGGCCAGCCAGAUGCGAGCGGCUCCACCCCGAUCCCUUCUGGACCUCCAGGGCCACCUAGACGCUGCCUCCCGCUCCUCGCUCUGCGUCAAUGGGAGCCACAUUUACAAUGAGGAGCCCCAGGCCCCCCUGCGGCACCGCAGCUCCAUCUCGGGCCCAUUUCCACCCUCCAGCUCCCUGCACAGCGUGUCUUUCCGGCCUGCUGAGGAGGGGUCUCGGCCCACCGAUGACUCCGGGGGCAGAGGCAGCCGCAGCACCAGCAGCUCAGAGAUGCUGCCUGGACAGGAGGAGCUAAGCUCUCAGGCCAAAGUGUUGGCUACUGGUACCAGCCACUCUGGAGAGGAGGAGGGGGCCCGGCUCCCAGAGGGAAAGCCAGUGCAGGUUGCUACACCCUUGGUGGCUUCCUCUGAGUCUGUGGCUGAGAAGGAGGGAGCCCGGAAGGAGGAGCGGAAGCCCCGGAUGGGCCUCUUCCACCAUCACCACCAGGGGCUGAGUCGGAGCGAGUUGGGGCGCCGUGGCUCUCUGGGGGAGAAGGGAGGUCCCACCCAGGGGGCCUCCCCCCAUCAUUCAUCUGGCGGGGAGGAAAAGGCCAAGAGUAGCUGGUUUGGCUUAAGAGAAGCCAAAGAACCAACUCAGAAACCUAGCCUGGACGUGUCUCCUCAGGUAGAACCUGACCCAGCUGCUCUUCCUCACCACCUCCCCUGCUCCCCCUGUGCUCCGGUCCUCCCCACUCCUGCUCCCACCGCUGCUCCCAUGCUAAGCACUAACCUUUUUGCAGCCGCCUCCCCCGCUGCUGCCACUGCUGCUGCUGCCUCUGCCGCCGCCCCCGAAGCUACCCCAUCUGGAUUCUUGGGUCUCACCAACCCGUUCCUCACCUCCAUGCAGAGCAACCCUUUCUUCGAGGAACUCCUAGCUGACAUAGCACUAAACUCUCCUUCACCUGCUCCCUCUCUCCCCAGUGCCUCCAGGGCCAGCCCCACCCCCCUGGCCUCCCCUGGGAAAGCCCCGCCUGAGUGGGAAGACACCUUCAACGUCUUUGCUGCCAGCAGGCUGCGUCCAGAGGCCAGGAGCAAGAUCCUGGCCCCUGCAGGAGGAGUGGGGCUGGAGGUGACUGGGCUGCAAGAGCAAGGCCGUGGGGUCAUGACAGUGAAGGCAUCUGAGCCCCGGGGGGACCCUGGGGGAGGAGGAAGAGGUGGGAGCAGUGUGCGACUGGAGCCCAGGAUGCCUUUGGACUUGGGACUGGACCACCAGAGCUCCAGUGUGGCUGACCCAGGGCCCCUCGAGUCUGUAGGGCCCGUUCUGCCCUCUACGUCAGCCCAGCGGCACCUGAGAGCCUCAGACUCUGAAGCAGACAGGGAGCCGCCGGCCCCAGGAGGGGAAGCAGGGCAGAGUCCAGCAGACAGCGCGACGUCUCUGUUUAGCUCCCCAGAAGUGAUCAAUGUGUGGGAAAGGCUGCCUGGCACAGAUGACACCCCUGAGGGCCAGGAAGAGGCCUCCCAAGGUGAAGGCCAACUUUUGCAUGAGCUCAACACAGUCGAGGAUUCGUGGCCUUGGGAUGUGGUCACCAUUUCUCCUGCAGCUGAGAUGUCCUCACUGGUCCUGCGGGGAGAGUCCGAUGAGCUGCCUCCUCCCCAGAUGCAGCCAGAGUCACCAGAACCUGUGAGCCCCAGGGGGAAUGAGGGGCCUCCCCCACUGAAGCUGGAGCCGGAGCUGGAGCCGGAGCUGGAGCUGGAGCCUGAUGCAAAGUCCAAACCAGAGCAGGUGUCCGACCAGGGACCGCAACCCAGCAGGCCACCUCCCAAGCCACCACGCCUCUUCACACCCUCAGAUUCCCAGGAGAAGGAGGAGGACGAGGCAGCGGCAGUGGUGGCAGUUGCAGGGGGGCUGAGAAGCAGGGGGGCAGAUAGAGGAGGAGAAGACGACCUUCCAAGUACACUGGUUGCUGGUCCACAGGAGGCCGAGGAGGAGGGUGAGACACCUGGGUCAGAGUCUGACAGCCAUUCUUCUGGAACCCUGUUGGGGGGUCCAGGCCUGGAAGAUGUAGUGGAGGGUAUCAGCCCUCCUGUGUCUGGGCCCUCCUUAUCCCUGCCCACUGGCUGCCCUGAAGGUCCCACCCCCAGACCCGGUUACUCAAAGAUCUUGGCUCCUCAGAGGCAGCAGAUCUGGGGGGCUCUGGAGAAAGGAGAAAGCCCUGAGGGUCCUGACGCCCAGAUCCAGGGACCAGUAGGAGAGGGGCUUGAGUCUCUGCCAGGUAGCUCCCAACACACUGGCCUCUGCACCUCAGAGGAGGAUGCUUUGAACCCCUUCUUGUCUCAAAGGAGCCAAGACCCCCCCAGUCUCCCAUUCACAUCCCCUCCAGGGUCCAGGGACUCUUCCAUCGUCUCUGGUCCAGAAGAGCUGCCCACCCCCCCAGAGCCUGCUUUUCCCCCACCCCCUCUGCCACCCUGGGCCAGCCACUGCCAUGGGGGGCCCAGCCCUCCAUGCUCUCCUCUGCCUGGAGCUCGGCCUCUAACUUCUUCCUCCCCAACCCUUGGGGAGCCAGCCUCCUCCCCUGGGGGCUCCCCUGCCCCACUUGGGGAGGACCACGCUGCAACUAUCCCAGCCUCCCCGCUUGUGCUUCUGCCCUUGGAGACACGACUAGCUGAGGAGCCACAGUCCAGUGCCAGCCCCCACCCUGUGAAGCCGCUCAGUGCCACCUCCCUGGAGGGCAGCCCAGACAAGAAGCAGUCCCGCUCCAGUCUGAGCACAGCUCUGAGCAGUGGGCUGGAGAAGCUCAAGACAGUCACAUCUGGCAGCGUUCAGCCGGUGGCUCCAGCCCCCCACGUUGGCCAGACUGUGGACACUAAGAGGCUGAAGGACUCAGGUGUGCUGGACCAGUCGGCCAAAUACUACCACCUGACCCACGACGAGCUCAUCAGCCUGCUCUUGCAGCGAGAGCGGGAGCUGAGCCAGCGGGACGAGCACGUGCAGGAGCUGGAGAGCUACAUUGAUCGGCUGCUGGUGCGGAUCAUGGAGACCUCACCCACACUGCUGCAGAUCCCCCCGGGCCCCCCCAAGUAGCCCUCCUCAUCCCUGCCCAAACAGGGCUGGCGUGCCCUCCCUCCCGCUGAACUCACUCUACCUAGGCAGGCUGCUGUCUGUCCUCCGUUGUCAUCACUUGCUCCCCUCCCUCCUGCCUCCAUGAGGGUUGCCAGAAGGGGGACCCUUUGGACUCCGAUUGGAAGCAUCAGGUUCCGUGUACAACGUGUGUGUCUUUGGGAGCCCUGGGUCUCUCCCACUUACCUAUUUUCGUAUCCCUUAGUUUCGGGGGCUCCAGGGAAUUGGAACGAAGGCUUUAGCCCUCAAGUCAGAACAGGGGGGUGCUGCAAUUUGAUGCGGCAUCCGGGACACACUUUAUUACCGCACAACAAUGGUCAGUCAUCUCAUCCAAAGCUAAAUCUUUAUUCUCAUCUGCCUCCAGCCCCUGGAGGGAUUACUGGGGCUGUGGUAGGAACCAAGCUGCCCAUUUUGCAGUUACGGGAGCCUCAUGUCUGUUCCCAUGAGAGCAAGGAGCCUAUGUGAUCUGGUCUUGUGUCUGCUGUGUCCUGAUGAUGUGUGUUUCCAGCAGUUUGCAGAGCGAGUGCCGUGUGGAUGGAGGGAGAUGAUGUGUCUUCCAGGCUACCCCCUCUUUCUGAUCUUCCCAAUGAGUGUCACGUGUGAAUGUAUGGAGAGCUGGGUCAAGUGUGGGGAGAGCACCUCCUUGCACACCUCCAAGCUGUGGGCCCCUCCACGGGCCUCAGGGCUUCGGGGUGCUUAUGCUGGGGAUCAAGCCUCCACCUUUGUUUUUGUUGCCUGUCCAGAUGCCAAAACUCUGAUUCUGCAGGGUUUGAACUUUUGGAAACCAAUUAAAAUGUGCCUUUUGUGGGUGGGGUCAAGAGCCUCUGGAUGUAGACCUCUCCCUCUGCUUGGUGGCCCCCUCCCUUCCUGUUGAGCACAUGGGGCCAGAUCUGUCAGGGCCCAGAAAUGGGAAAGGAGGAUGGGUCAGCCUUGCUGUGCCCUGUGCCCCUCCCCUUGAAUUAAUUUCUGUUAAGGGUCUGGCAAAGCUGCCACUGUUCCUUUAACUUUCUUGCCACCUUCUUCCUCCUCCCUCAGCCCCAACUAAGAAGGGCUCCUGUCAUCCACUAGCUGCUCUCCCAGCCUGUCUCUUCUGCCCCAUGGCCUUGCCUGGCUUGGCUGCAGUGCACCUUGAAAUGAAGUGUCCGUCCUUUGGCCCAGCCCCUGGUUUGCUUGCAGAAAACAUGGCAGGCUUCCCAUGGCAUCUGAAGGGAACCUUUAGUGACUUGGGGUACUCUGCUUUAGCAAAGGUUUUGGGGUGAGGAGGUGCUGAAGGAGGAUACUUCUGGCCCAGCAAGGAGGUAGAAGCUUCUGACAGCCCCUCUAGGACUGCCUCUUCUUCCUGAGAGGGCCUCUGUGAUCUCUCUGAAAGCCUUGGAAGGAGAUACGCUCUGUGGGUGACUACUUCUGUCAGGAUGAAGCAGAGCAGCCCCCCACAUGAGGGGAAAGCCCCUAUGUUACCUACCCUAAGAUUUACCCAUCAAAGCUGAGGGAAGUGUCCACAGGUGUCUAGGUCUUGGGUCAUGCUUUCUGGGGGUUCAUUUGGGGUCACAUAGGUGUCUCUUCUGGGGGAAGGGGAGCACUCUUCCACUACAUAUUCUUUUGGGAUCUACUCAUUACCAGCCCUGACCCCAAUCUUCUGCUCGUCUUUGUGAGCCUCCAAAGUGCCCGGGGCAAGGAUGUCUCUGGAAGGGCUUUGAGUUGAAGCCCAAGAUUCUGGUUGGCUGUCUCUGCUCCUGGCCACAACUUUGAGAUUUGCAGGUGGGGUGGGCAGAGAGCAGGCAUGAUUCUGCUUUGCUGUUUGUCUUCCUGGUUGUAACUCCUGUUGAUAAAGAGCUUGUUCUUCAUGUUUUGAGCACUUUAUGAAGAAUAAAAAGUUCAUAUACUGCC